GGAGCUCGAAAACAUCCACGGAUUGUUCCAUUUCCCAAACAUGCAGGCAAUCACAAUCCAAUUGCCCGUCACUUCAACACGAGGACCACCGACCGCUCCAUGAGUCCACCGCCGUCUCCUUCUAUGCCUCUCGGCGUUCCUGUCGCCAUGUCCGCUGACUCGCAGUACGCCGUGGACUUCCUCGUCAAGUCGUCGUCGGGUUUGUUGUUUGGUUUGGCGAGCAAGUUUGAGUGGCGGCAGUUUGCGCUCACGGGGCCGACGCUCACGAUCGUGGAUACAUCGGUGGGGAAGAUUCUGCACACGUUCAACGCCGCGGACGUCACGCUGCGACGGAAAGCACCCGACUCAGUGGUGUACGCGCUCGAGUCUCGGUCCCGUCCGUCGUCACGGCCGCUGGAAGUGUCGAGUCCGUCUGUGUCACGCGUGCAAAAGUUCCAAGCCGCGCUGCUUGCGGCGGCCGCCGCGUCCCCGCCGACCGCCGACGCGGACCUGUUAACGUCGUUGCUUGGCGUGGCGAUGGACAUUGUCGAAUCCCACGCCGCCGUGCCGCCGUCGGAGACCGUCGCCACGUCCCGCGUGAGCGUGGAACAGGUCCAACUCCAUUUGGCCGAAAUGCAAUCCAUGUACGACCUUCAGUCGUCGUGCCUUAACAUGGAAGAGCUGUAUGUGCAUUUGCUCGACUUGGAAGCCGCGUAUUGCCACGACCCGACCGUGGACAGCUUUUGUCACACCGUGCACAAGCUGCACCCGGUGCAGUACGCCCAGCACACCCAGAAGCGCGCUGGCCCCACACCUAUCCUCAAGCAUCCCAUCAAGUCCCUCUUUGCCAAGUGUCCGCAUGCCAACUGCAGCUACACGUUUCACAUGACCACUGCGUACAACCUACACAUCAAGGGCGACUCGAUGGUGUGCGCACUCUGCCACCGCCCCGUGAAUCGUCAAGUGUUCAAACUCGCAUCGUUCAUUCGGCAAACCCCAUCGUUUGUCAUGCCUUGUGUCUUGCGCAACCAGCCCGUGACGCUGGUGCUGGACAUGCCGCCAAUGCCGCCAGAUGGCAAGCUGUCAUCGUACAUGGACGAAGUUCGCCAGCGCAUGCGGCAACUCGCGCCGCAGGGCAGCCGCGCCGGCAUCCAAGCGCUGACACUCCAAGUUCGCGCGGCCCUACAAUCAUUUUUUUCUCCUUCCAAUCAACUCGACCUCGUCCAGGCGAUGCUACGGCAACUGGACUUUGUCAAUAAAGUGUGCCCCAACCUGUCGUACUGGGCUACCCCGUUGGUACUCAACGCCGCGAUCGUUCGGUACCACAAGUUCAUGCACUUGGUGCGGGUUAAAGGGGUUACGCUCGUCCCGACCACCGACAUUGACUUGGUCUGGCAUACCCACCAGAGCUACAACCCCCACGAAUACGGCAAGUUCUGUCGCCAGCAUAUGAACGGCAACGUCGUCGAUCACAACGAUAUGAUUGGCGGAGGCGACUUGCAAGUCGCGUACGCCGACACAUUCAUUCUGUGGUCACAAGUGUUUAAUGAGCCGUACUCGUCGCACGCCCCUGCCUACGCAGCAUAUAAGGAGGGAAAGGCCGCUAGCAAUAAUCCCAUGUACUCCAAGGAGGCUACGUGGCGAAAGCACUCGCGGGUGCCGUCGCACGACUGCCGAUUCGUCGGGGUCAACGAAGCAUUUCCGCUGCAUGCGGUGCUGCCAUUCGCGACCGCCGUGCUCCCAGACCCUGCCGCCAAGCAGAUCGUGCCAAACGAUGUCCGCGUCGCUGUGAUCGGCACGCCCGUCAUGGAUGGCCGUGUGCGGUUGCCAUACUCCCACCAGAACUUUCUCAUGGGCGACGGUGGCCUCGCUGCGUUUGUGUACUUUGACAUGGGUGGAAUCAUGAAUUGUGGCUGCGGUGGCGGCUUCGCCAGCAGCAACGUACUCACCAGCGCCGGCGGAUGUAUGGUCAGCUUGGGCGACUUGAAUACCACCAGUUCUGGAUGCGCGGCCAGUGGAGGCGGCUGCGCGAGUGGUGGCGGCGGUGGCUGUGGCUGUGCCAGUAGUGGCGGUGGUGGCUGUGCCAGUAGUGGUGGUGGUGGCUGUGCCAGUAGUGGAGGUGGUGGCUGUGGUUCAACUGGCACUUCUACUACGUAGUACACUAACCAUUCUCGAGUAACUCAUUGAUUUGGUUGUGUUUCCUUGCAUAUUCC